AUGAACUCGCCGCGACUGGGCCCCAGAGGGCGCAUUUCCGCGCGCGGGACACCUCGAUCUGGCACACCAGCAAGUGGAAUGGGCAGUGGACUCCCAGUCGCAAAAGGCACGCUCGUGUUGGGCCGUGCCAAGGGCAGGUUCCGCGACGCCAUCGAGACUCCGACGAGCCCUAUCGCUUCAGGAAACCAAGCUGCAAUGGAUAUCUCGCGUGAGGGCACCGCCAUUGAUGGUGACGCCGAUGUGAGCUUUACCUCGUCGAAAAGGAGCGGCUACCACGCUGCGGGCCGUCUUGUUGGCGAACGAGGAAGGACAUUUGCAAAGUCGGAGGAGAUUACGGCAUCUUUUCAUGAGGGACUACCCCUGGAGAUUCUCAAGGCUAUGGGUAUGGACAAUGCGUGGAGGGAAACGUAUAUAGGAGGAUAUGAUACUGCUACAGGGUACUCUUGGAUGGCCUCUGGCCGCAAUACUUGGAUCUGGAAGCACAACCGAAAUCCGCCUGUUCCACCCACAGUUCACAUCCUGGCAUCUCCUGGUAGCCAUCAACCAGAGGUUUCUCCCCCCUACGUGACCUUUGUCACAUUGCCAUCAAACCCCGCAAACGAGCCUGCACUGAUCCUCGUUUCUCCUACCGGCUAUGUUCGAUUCUGGACGUCGAUAUUCCACGGUUUGGCCGGCGGAGACCGCUUCAUAGAAGCCAAAUUGCCCAUCUACAAACGGGAGAGCAUUUCUGCUGCAGAGGGACUCUUACCUACUCUUACUCACCCAAAGAAUCGUUACACACAAGGCCUUACCAAUCCAGAGGUCGUCGCCGGAACCUCGAGCGGGCGACUCUUUCGCAUCUCAGUUAUUCGAAAGGGUGAUGGCGACUGGUCCAUUUCGUUCAAGGAGAUUGUUGUCAAGCCACAGAGGACCAGUAGUAUCCUAUCCAACCUAUUUGGCUUCGGCUCGACUCCACCAGUCCCUCUCUUCAACGCUUCCUCAAGCAAUGCCUCCAAAGCAUCGCCCGCUGCCGCAAUUCCCGCAGAUAGCGGCGAUGGUAUCAUGAGCCUCGCUCUAGGAGGGCUCGAAGACGAUGGUGUCGACGUAUGGGCACUUUCGGCAACGAAUCUGGCCGUUUGGCGUCUCACAGAUAGCCUAGCGCAUGCCUCGACGAGCAGUGUGCCGACUGUAGAGCGCUUGAUAUGCAAGGCCGACAUGCUCACAGCGGUACAGGACAAGCUCUUGGAAUUUUACGGCAUGGAGGAGACUUCAGAAGAGACUGGCGCAGAUGUCUACUCUGAAGCACCGGAUACCGAUGUCAACCUGGCUGGGAGUCUCCCAAUGCAAAUGGAGCGAAGGGAGCGACGCAUCCUUGCGCUGGGCGUGGAGCUGCUGGAUAUUAUCCUGGUCAGGAUGAAGGUUAAUCCUGUUGACCCACGUGAGCCAUCAGACGAUGGUUCGAGGGACGACGAGGAAAUGCAGACGGACGAUCGUCUGGGCGGGGAGGAACUCGUUCCUGUUAUUCUCGUUUCCUUUUAUGCGCCUUCAUCUGCGCAAGGACCAAGUAGCAUCAGUUGGCGAGGACCAAAUACAGAGUCCGGGAGUAAUCCGAGGCGGGAAGAGCGUUCAUAUGCGACAAUGGUUUGCCGCUUUGUGGGAGCGCAAGGCAUUUCCGGUACUCAGCCAGAUUCCGUCAAACUGCAAGAGCCAAUCUUACGUUUUGAGAAACCCGUGGUACUACCAUAUUCCGACGUCGGAAGGCCUAAAGGCAUGACUGUCUCCGGACUAGGACGCGGCGUCAACUUGGGUGUCGAGGUUACCGGUGCUCAUGGCUCAAAGCAAGGAUGGUUUGCUCCAAAGAUGCUCGCUUUCCAUACCGGCCUCGAACGAGAAGCUGACGACCAAGACGAUUCCCACUUUGUGACACAGAGCAAACCCAUGAUCCUACUUGCAGUGUUGUUCAAAGGAGGCAUGGUCUUUUCAGCUCUCGAUUACCCGUUCAGGGACCAUCUUUUCCUGAAAAACUCCAAUCCCUUCCCUCGCUCCGUCGGAUUUGGUAUUGUCAGCAACUCGAGGUCAUUCCCAGUGAAUCAUCCAUAUUCUGGUUCCGCACACGGCAGCACAGGCUCUUUCAGUCGCUCACACAGUAGAUCCCAAAUGCGACCGAUCGUUGAGCAACCAGUCAUUUUGAUGGGAGAGAUUGCCUAUAUAACUUCCAUGGGAGUUGUCACUGUCAAUCUGGACUUUGAGAAAAUCGUCAAAGUAGAUGAACAAUCUGGUGGCACAAACCAAAUACGCUCGGUCAUGGAGCAAGCAGUCCUCUAUGGACCCGUACCAGAGAACCCGUUUUCUUUCAGGUUCUCAUCCAAUGUCAAUGCGGGUCAUUUGAUGAUGGCAGCCUCACAAAUCAGCACCGAAGCCAUCCGGUCAAAUCCCAAUCUCAUCAAGCGCCAGCUGAGCUUGACGACUCAACUGGUAGACCGAGCAGCUCGCCUCGAAUGGUUAAUCCAGUUCAUAAACGAAAAUGGCGCUCUUUACCUACUAAACGCAACGCUUCGUCAUACUCUCGCCACUCAUGCAGAGCAGAUUGCUGCUGCUCAGGGGGUAUGGACGUGGUACGACGGCACUCGUUAUCAAGGACCGUCGACUGCGGCUGGCCUGGGAUCACGUGGUGUCGAGCGAAGUCACAAUAUGCUCGUCCAGGCUGUAGAAAUGUUCCAGGAAGUGGAGGACGACCGAGGGACAACUUGGCCCCAUGCGCGUACACGCUCUGGUUUGCUUCUGGAAGGUGCACUUCAUAGUCCUGAGUCCACGAUGGAGGUUGCAGACGAUCCCCCUGAGGGUGAAGGCUACAUCAACAAUUGGAGAAAACUCACCACUGUUGAGCCGGAUGUCGCAAAGGAGGAUGUGGAGACUAGCUAUGUUGAUCAAGUUCGGCUCUUCUUCAAAGUCCGAGUCGAAGACAUUGGCGAACUUGUUCCUUGUGCCGUCAAAGUAGUCAAGAGUGUCGUUGGAAGUUUUGAAAGGUCCAACAGCUGGCCAACUGCAGCAAUUCAAGCUAGUCGACUCGCCCUUGUCUUGCUUGAGUCUGCGCUGCAGUUUCGCAGUUCGAGAAUCAGAUUAUACGGUUUGGAUCCAGAGAAGCCGUUGGCGAUACCCUGGACAGCCGAGACUCGGAUUCUUGAAGCAACCGUGUUCCUCUUUGACCAAUGCGGCCGAACGACUGAUAGCUCCGUGGUCUCGGAGGCCAAGGAUGUCAUGCAAGGGUUGGCAACAGUGAUAUGCGAGGGUUAUAAAGAACAAGUCCUUGCAGCCAGCCAGAAGCAGGACGGGAAUGGUGCAGUUCUUCAAGAGGCCUUCACUUCCGUCAGGCGGAAACUCUGGAGUCAGCUGGUACAACAUCGUGCGGAAGCGCACGCGUUCAAACUAGCCGAAGAUUUCAUGGACUUCAGAGCGAUCACAGAGUUGUGCUAUCAGGUCGCCUCCAAAGAUCGCCGCCCAGUUGGCAGCGAUGGCAUAGGCUCUAUUGACAAAGCCGCCCUGGGUCGACGACUUGGAUACUAUCUGGACAGAUUCAAGCAAGACUUCGCCUUUGAACUCUAUCAUUGGUGGAUCGAGCAUGGUCACGCCGGCGAGAUAUUCAAGGAAACUGGAAAGAACGCUGACUAUGUAGAGGCUUUCUUCGCAACCUAUGAAUAUCCAGGCCUCUCCUGGCUUCACCUUCUUGGGAAGCAAGAGUUUACGGCCGCGUCGACCACGUUGUUGACGAUAUCCCAAUCGGAACCUCGACUCGGCCCAUCCAAAUUUCUUCUCUCUUUGGGGAAACUAUGCGAACUUGUCGAAUUCCAAGAUGCCGAAACCUCACAAGACAUCGAGGAACCUAUACGAAUGUAUGACGAGCUGCUGGACCUCGUCGAUGUUCAACAAAAGCUACGAAAUGACCUUCUUCGCACCAUCUCCGACUUUGAUCCCACCGUGGACAUUCCUAUCUCCGAAGUAGGAUCAAAGAAUGUGGAGGUGCUGUCGAAAGCCGUAGCGAUCACCGAGCGUGUGACGACUCGCCUCAGCAAGUGGGGAAGGAGGGAAAGUAUCGAACUCUUCAAGAGAUUGGUGGGAAAUCUCGUCGGAGAACGGAGAAUAUCGCUUGACGACACAUUGGAUCUUAUUGGGCUGGGAGAUGUGCGUCCAGAGUCUAUAGGACAUGCUGUCGGUCUCCACCUAAUCUAUGAGUCACGGUUCUUACCUGACUCUCGCCGGGAAGCGGCGAUAAAGACUCUUUGGCGGAGAAUCUACUUAUGUGACGACUGGGAGAGUCUUAGGGACACUCGUUCAUAUUCGGACACAGAGGUCGAGGAUCGUCUGCGCUCGACUGCUCUCUACUCGGCAUUGCAUGACAUUUACACCGGCGGUUUGGCCACUAUGCUGGACACCCAGUCUAUCUCCGAUUUGAUACGCCGUCCAAACGUCGCUUUGGAGAUUCCUACUGAGGAGGAACUGUCCGAAAGGUUCGGUGGGAGCGGUUACUUUGGAGAGCCUGGGUUCGUGGCCUACAGCGCAGAAGACAUUAGGCACAUUCAUGCCGAACUAGUUCGGGAACAAGAACUGCUCGAGGUCAUCGUUGGCAUACUGGAGGAUGGUGGUCUCUGGCAGGAAGUUGCAGACCUUGAGACCCAGGACAGACAGCGGGAUGGAGUACAAGAGGAUACGGCUAUGCUCAGUGCAGGCGGAAACCUCUCGGUACCUACCGUAGAACGAGGCAAUAGCCUGGGUAUCGAAGUUGACUAG